AUGGCGCAAUAUGGAAUAAGUACUAAACAUACUGCCGGUUCAACUAGCUCAGCUGAUAAUUCACCGUUAAAAUACGCUUCAUUUUCUAAAUUUGUGGUACCGCCUCCCAAGAAGUUUCGUAAGGCACCCCCUCCUUCAACAACCUUUUCAGCCGACGCGUUCGAUUCUUUUACGGACAAGUUAGCUCGUCAAUUUACUGAUUACUAUAAAUUUAUGAAAAAACAUGACCUACGGCGUACUGUCUUGGCGCGCCAACGUGAAGCACGUAUCGCUUCAUCCACGCAACACCCACCUAUAGCGUCUGAGACAUGUGUCUCAACUCCAGAUUUUUACGCAGACAUCUCGUCAUCAGAUGGUUACGAAUCCGCGCGCUUUAAAAUAAAUAGUUUUACUUCGGAGGAUGCUGAAGUUAAAGAAUUCUCUCAUAUUCCUAUCACUCAUUUACCGAACCUUUUUGAAUCAAGUACUCCUAUUUUGGAGGAUUCUAAAGAGGAAGUUGCACCAAUGAUACCUGGUUCAACUUACAACCACAACAUUCCUAUAACUUACAUACCUGACCUUUUUAAUACAAAAGACUCCACAUCAAAGGGACUCAAAGCAUCGAAUACUGCUUUAGAUUAUGAUACUGCGAUCAUGCCUGACGCAUUUAGCGAUAUCGCCUCCUUAUCGGAGGGUUACGAAACCGCCGCCUCCUCGUUGGACGAAUUACCGCCAACAUUCCAAUUAUUCACAUUCCCGAUCUCUUUCAAUAGGGUGCCUUCCUGGUGGAGGGCAUUUAUGAAAUUUUUGUUUUUUUUUAUUAUUAUUUUUUUACUAUUCUACUAG